UUCCCUGUUUGGACGCGCCAGGACCCCAAUUCCCUUUGCGCAUCCCCAAUUUCCCGAUCCUUUUCUGGGGCUCAUCGUUUUCGACGCGACUCCAACCAUUUGUGCAGAGUCGCGAGAGUCAUGUUUUGUUGACCAUGUCGGGCAUAUGAUGACAAGACUCUCGCCAAUGUCUAGGUCUAGAACUAGAUGCUGCAACGCGCACCAGCUGCUUGCCUAAUGAGCGAAACAACGCUUCAAAAACCGGGCAACUGGCUCCAGACCAUCCUGCGGAAGGCCACAGCAAGAAAACCAGCCAAGGGAGAGGUUGCUGUUGACGACGAGGUUUCGGGCAUCCGACUCAAUCGCAAGGAGGCGUUGCAGUCGCUCGACGAGCUUCCAGCCCCCCGGCAAGAUGUCAACUCGGGCCCCGUCAGGUUCCAGGAGGGCCCCUUCCCGGUAUCGUCUCCCAGAAUCUACAACAUUGAGCGUAAUGUCUUUGUCGCGAGGGACGACCAGGUCCCCGUGCCGCGCGAGGCAAAGGAGAUAUGGGAGCGCGACAUCAAAUUCAGGCUCGAGCAGGACUUGCAAGAGGUCAAGAACAAGGUCGAGCGCACCGUUGUCCUCGGCUCACGCCUACCAAAACACAUGAUCCUCGAGCUCAAGCCCUUCAUCCGCAUGUCGGGCGAAGCGACCGGCGGCGCAACCGGCCAGGUGACUCUGGCGCCGACCAUCUGGAUCCGCUGCUCGAAAAAGAACCAGCGCCUAGUUAAGAAGGCCCUGCGCGACGACUGUCUCAAGUGGACACGGACCACUCCGUUUGGCAGCGUCAAGGUCGCCGAUGCCGCGAGAUUGCUCGCCAUGACACCAGAGCCCGCCACUGCGGACGGCAACGAGUUCAUCUUCAGCAACGGCGUCGGCUUCUUGCCCGGCCUGAGGCUCUACUACCAUGUCCAAGAAGACAUGGCCGACACAACAUCAGCCAACGGCCUCACCUGUCGGGCGUCUGUGGUAGGCCACGACAGCACCAUCUGGACUCAAAAGUAUUCCACUGUCGGAGGCGUCGUAUACGUCGAUGGCGUCAAAUACGCAGUCACGACAGCCCACGGCGUCGUGAACUGGGACCCUCAAAACCCCCACUACGCAAAUUCCGACGUUGACGACGAGUCUGAGCUGGCCUUGGGCUCAGAGGACGACAUCUCGGACAGCGAAUCCGAAGACUACAGCUGCUACGAGGUAUUCCGGCUCAAGCCCUUGCUUGCAGCGCAAAAGGACUCGAAAAGCAACGCGAAAUGGGUGCCGGCCGAAAUAGGGCCGGCCAUGAAGUUUCUCGACGUCAAGUUCCUUACCCGCGAUGUCGUGUACGACGGCUCAUCAGAGACCGAGUUUGUCACAUCCGUGGACCCGUCGUCGAUGUCUGACUUUGCUCUCAUCAAGCUCGACGAAACCAACAGCACUAGAACCAACAGAUACAGCCGAGGUGUUGGGUCUGAUGUCUCCAUCACCGCCUUUGCAGACACCAAGGAUCUGCUGCCCGGGGAGGUCAAGAUAAUUCUUGGCCCCAGCGAAAUAGUAAACGGAGCACUCCUCCCCGAGGAAGGGUGUCUCAGCAUCGCCACAAGCAAUCUAAACACCCGAAUCAUAGGUCUAGACCAACCCCUUGGUGAGUUUACCCCGGCUUCCCGCUCCUGAGCCAAGUUGAGUCCAGACUGAAAAAUCAACAACAGCGC